AUGAAAGCGUUAACGUUAAGCUAUAUCAUCAUUACUUCGGCGGCAAUCGUGGCGGCUGAGUACGUGGAACCUUAUAGAGCUCAUCCCACCACACAGUGCUCCGAAGAUAGCCAUUGUCCAGUUGAAUGGCCAUGCUGCUCUCAAUAUGGAGAGUGUGGGAGCGGUCCGCUAUGUAUUGUGGGAUGUAAUCCCAAAUUCUCUUUCUCUGUGAACAGUUGUAUUCCAAGUCCAGCAUUGUUGCCUAAGAUGUUAAAGAAAAACUCAAAUGGAGUACAGGCACUAAGUGCUAAAGGAGAUCCAAGUUUACUAACUACUUUUAAGGUAAAGGAAUCAUAUGAAUUCACUACCCAUCAUGAGGAGCAAGCCGACUACAUCUCUCAAAAUGAGAAAGAUUUAAACAAGCGUGGUUUGAUUCACUUUCCAGACUUCUUAAUCACCUCAAAAGAAAGCGUUGCUAGACAAAUGUUGGAGCAAUAUGACUUUACUCAUAGUGGUUUUGCAAGUAUAGAUCCUGUUAACAAUGAUCUAAUCCUUGGAAUGCCAAAGAAAUCAACCGGUAGCUUGAUAACGUCAACGAAAUCGUUCCUUUACGGCCGUGCCGCAGUUACGUUGAAGACAAGUAGAGGAGUAGGCGUUGUUACAGCGAUAGUGCUAAUGUCGUCCUCUCAGGAUGAAAUUGACUUCGAAUUCCUUGGUGGUGAAUUAAAUAUGGUACAGACCAACUAUUACCACCAGGGCGUGUUAGACCACCAUAAAAUGGAAAAACAUCACAUUUCAUCUGACAGCUUUGAAGAAUUCCAUAUAUAUGAGGUAGACUGGGACAAUGAACGUAUUUUAUGGUUAGUGGAUGGCGUAGUUGUCAGAACUGUUUACAAACGUGAUACUUGGGAUCCAGCCAAGAGGGUCUACAGAUAUCCACAAACACCAAUGUCUCUCCAGGUAUCGGUCUGGCCUGCAGGCACUCCAGAGUCCGCAGAGGGAACCGUACAAUGGGCGGGAGGUCUAGUAGACUGGGACAAUCUGCCGGAUAUCAAAGAGAAGGGUCAGCUAUAUGCCACUGUCAGGCGUAUUUCCAUCACACCUUAUGAAAAUAAAUUCUGGCCUGCUCUUGUACAAUCGUCCUACGCUAAUGCAUUGGCUGGUGAGGCUGGAAACUUGAAGAAACCUCACAUUUCAUACGCAUAUGCCCCGUCAGCAGGGUUUUUCGACGAAUCGAGCUUGAAAAUGUACGUUAAUGCCGUAUCCCACUUGGCUAAGUGGACUUCUACAGGCUUAAAUCCUCAUCGCUGA